UCCAGCUCAGUGAAUUUUGGAGGCUUCUCUCUUUUGGAUAGUAUCCACUUUAACUCUUUUCUUCUGCAGUUGCUAAUUCAGGGCACCACGAUAUUCCCUGCACUGAAGUCAGUUUUAUAUAACAGCAGGGAAUUUCCAAACCCAGAGCAAUUUAACCUGGGACAUUUCUUGGACGAAAAUGAUGCCUUUAAGAAGAAUGACUUCUUCAUGCCUUUUUCUCAUGGAAAAAGAUGUCUGGAAGUGGGAAGCUGCCACCUGGCCCUGUUGCUUUUCCCAUCAUCGGAAAUGCACUGCAGCUGAAUAUGAAGAACUUGUCCCAAUCAAUCUCAGGGAAAAGUACGGCCCGAUUUUCACAAUAUAUUUGGGCUCAGAGCGAGUUGUGGUGCUGUAUGGACAGGAGACUCUGAAGGAAGCGCUGAUUGAUCAAGGGGACGAGUUCAGUGACAGAGGACAUAUGCCAGUAUUUGAAAGGUUGCCCAACAAAAAAGGUAUGGCUAUGGCCAGUGGGGAGCCAUGGAAGCAGCUACGUCGAUUUACCCUCACCACCUUGAGGGAUUUUGGGAUGGGGAAGAAGAGCACUGAAGAGCGAAUCCUGGAGGAAGCCCAUUUUCUGGUGGAAAGGCUCAAAAACACUCACGGGCGGCCCUUUGACCCCACCCUCUUCCUCAACCAUGCCACCUCCAAUGUCAUCUGCUCGAUCGUCUUUGGGGACCGGUUUGACUAUGAAGAUAAGAAGUUUGUAACUUUAAUAAAUCUCAUAGAUGAAAUUAACAAGCUCCUGCGCUCUCCCAGGACAGUGCUGUACAAUUUUUUCCCAACUCUCAUGCAUUACAUCCCUGGGCCUCACCAGAGAAUCUUUAAACAUUUUGAGGAGUUGAGAAAGUUUGUUCUGGAGAGAGUGGAGAUGCACAGAGAGUCCCUGGAGCCCAGCUGCCCUCGAGACUUCAUCGAUGCUUUCCUCAUCAAAGUAAAACAUGAGCAACAUAACAGCCAGUCGGAAUUUACCACUGAGAGCUUGUUAAACAGAACAUUAGGCUUAUUCUUUGCUGGAACAGGGACAACCAGUGACACCCUGAAAUGUGGACUCAAGCUUCUUAUGAAAUACCCAGAAAUCGAAGAGAAGGUUCAUGUAGAGAUUGACCGUGUGAUCGGCCGAAGCCGAAGCCCCUGCAUGGCAUAUCGAAGCCAGAUGCCCUACACAGAUGCCGUUGUACAUGAGAUCCAGAGAUUCAUCUCUCUUGCCCCUCUUGGUGUCCCACGUGCUGUGACUAAAGACACUCGUUUCAGACAAUACAUUAUCCCCAAGGGCACCACUAUAUUCCCUGUGCUGCAGUCAGUCCUAUAUGACAGCAAGGAAUUUCCAAACCCAGAGCAAUUUAACCCAGGGCAUUUCUUGGAUGAAAAUGGUGCCUUCAAGAAGAGUGACUUCUUCAUGCCUUUUUCUAUAGGGAAACGGAGUUGCUUGGGAGAGGCUCUGGCUCGGAUGGAACUAUUUUUGCUACUGACAACGAUUUUGCAAAACUUUAUCUUGAAGUCUCCCAUUGACCCCAAAGAUAUUGAUAUAACUCCAAUGAGUUUCACCUCAAAUAUCCCAGUGUCCUACCAGCUCAUUGUUAUUCCUCGGUAA